UGCAAAUAUCGAGUGGCGCCGUUGUCUGAUUCGAUGAAAUUUAAUAAUGCUCCAAUGUAAAUUAUAUUGAGCAAUUGGUUAUUACAAUUUUAUACAUAGAAGACAAAAUGCCACCACCGAGACCACGGAGUAUGGGAGCUCCAAAUCCAAAUACACCCAUGUCCGAAAGGCAGCAAAUGGCUCUACUAAUUCAGAUGACGGCUUCAUCAGAUAACAUACGAUCGACUCAAAAAAGUAAAGAACAUAAAAAAGACGAUGAUUUCGACGAAUCUCACUUUUCUGAAAAGACCGAUGGUAAAGAUAAACCAGAAGAAUUACAUUCCGAAAAUAAAAAGGAUGGAAGCUUUGACAUAGUUAAUUCGGCAGAGACUUCAUCUAAUAUACUGAAGCGAAACUUUUCUGAUAUAGACGAAGAGGAAUGUGAUGAUGCAGACGACGUGAGAAAGAAGAAACGCAAAGAGUUGGAGGUUAUGAAAGAUAUAAAACAGCCUAAUAACCAGCGUGUUGCAAAUAGAGUGGAAAAAUCGGUCAAACAAAAUAAUACAAAGUCUAAUUCGGCUCUAAAUAAAAGUAUCAAUACAAGCGAUAAAGAUGAUUUAAUUAAAGGUAAAUCGUUAGAAUCUGAAGUGGACGACGAUGAUUCAAAAAGCGAUCCCCUUUGCAGUGGUUGUUUAAAAGUUCCACCGUUGAAAAUUGUUAUUCCCCAACAAAAUUGCGCAAUAGAUUCCGAUUGCACUGGAUCUCGUGCUGGCAAAUUGAAUGCGACUCGAAAUCCAGCAUUGCCAUAUGUUGUGGCAUCUAACACUGAUUCAAAUGAUCGAGACCCUUCAACAACAAACACAAGCCCCCGAGACAGUCCAAUAAAACUUAACCAUUCAUGUGGCACUAGUGAUGAGAAAAACUCCAAUACCAAGUUAAAUGAAGAAAAAAAUUUGAGGGUAUUGAGAAGUUCGCACAGGGUGGGUUUAUCUGCUAGUGACAGAAAUUCCAACAAUUCCUCUCCACAAAUUCCGAGUAAUUCACCUUCACCUGCAUCAUCAACCGCUAAUGAUUUAGUAGACAGCAAAACAGUAUAUCCCAAUGCAAAUGGAAGUCCCACACAUCAAAAUAUUUCCUUUGAACACGAUAAUAUUUUAAAUCUCCCAAGUCCUUCAACUUCAUCUACUUCGUCAUCAAAAGAAGUUCUAACGAAUAAUGUCGAAUUACAUCCAAGAAAGAGAAAAAUAAGAGCGAAGACAGAAGAUGUAAAGACUAAUACAGGAAAUAACGAUAUUGUUGUAUGUUCAGAUUCGCAUCCGCACGAUUUACCAUUUACUAAUUGUUUUCAAAUGUAUAUGAAUAUACGUAGACAAAUCGAAAAAAAAUGGAAGAAUGUAUUGCUUGUCAAACCAAGAGCACCACAGGGAUUUACUGAAUAUUUAUUAAAUACCAAGAAUUAUGUGCUUCAGUCCACUAAAACUUUUGAAGCGCCAGAUAUCCCAAACAACAUAUCAAGCCAAAUGAAAGAUAUAUAUUUGAUUCAACAUAGGGAUCGUUUGGAAUUACAUCAGCGACAUAUCGUGGAGAGAGAAAAACUUUGUUUAAAUGUAGAACAAGAAAUUCUACGUAUACAUACUAAAGCUGCUAGAAAUAUGGCAUGCCAAUUGUUACCCUUCUCAGCCUGUUCAUAUAUGAAAGACGAUGAGGUGUACAACAUUUUAUCUCACGAGCAGGAGGACAAAGAAAGAAAUGCACGUUAUAGAUAUAAUGGUCGAUUACUUCUUAGUUGGUUGCAAGAUGUCGACGAUAAAUGGGAAAAAGUUAAGGAAUCCAUGGUUCUCCGCCACCACAAUGAAGCUGAAAGCCUACAUGCAGUUCAAUUAAUGGAUUGGGAACUUGCUCUCAAAAAGUAUGAACUUUUUGAUAUUUCCCAGCAACCACAAAUUAAUGCUGACCAUGUUCCAAUAGUUCACGUUAGCGAUGAUUUCGAUUUAUUACCAGCGUAAAUUUAUGAUGUAUGCGAAUAUCAUAUUGAAAAUGCCGCACAUUCCGUUUGUUUAAAGAAGAAUGAUUUCCAGUUUGCUGCAACACAUUGUCAAAAUAUAUAUUUAUAAAUCCAUUGUAUAUACCCAAAUCAGGACGGAAACCUGUUUUCUAUGCAAUUAACAAAGUCUUUUUUUGAAUUCCACUUGUGGGAACUUUAAGUAUUUAUCGUAUUUCAUUUGUUUCCAUUUUUAUCAUGAAGUACACACGCUAUUCAAUAUUUAUUUCAGAAUGUAGAAUGCACAUAUUUCAACCUAUAUAUAGAAACAACAAGAAGAUAAUGAGAAAUAUGUAAACAAAAUAAUGAUAAGAGAGAAAAUUUAAUAAAAAAAUGCCAUGGUACACUGAA